GUCGAUUACAGAGACAAGAAAUGUGGAAAAAUCUCAUGCAAUAACGAUUCUAAAUGUAUUCACAUAAAAUCAGACACAUAUGUCUGCAUCAAAGUAACAGUUCAUGGGGGAUGGAGUGGUUGGAACUCUUGGGGAGGGUGUUCUGUUACAUGUGGGAGUGGCACUAGAACCCGAAUACGCUCUUGUGACAAUCCCUCGCCGAGGUUUGGAGGUCAACCAUGCAGUGGAGAAUCCUCAGAAUCGUCUCUAUGUAACACUCAUAACUGCCCCGUUCAUGGGAUGUGGAGCGGGUGGUCCAUAUGGGGAAGUUGCUCUAUUACCUGCGGGGGUGGGCAAAUGUCAAGAUCACGUAACUGUGAUAACCCACCACCCAUGUAUGGAGGUCAAGCCUGCAGCGGGCAAUCAUCAAAGACUUCCUCAUGCAAUUCACUCAACUGUCCAAGUAUGUUUUAUCUUUUUAUAAGUUAA